CUCUGUGAGCACGUGGCUGAUGACAGGAAGUGCGCGGAGUUUGAAAGCAGGUUGUUUGAGAAGCAUCUUCAGACGCGCUGAUGGAUGAUGAGGAGGAAACUUAUCGAUUAUGGAAAAUCCGCAAGACCAUAAUGCAGCUCUGUCACGAUCGAGGAUAUCUGGUGACCCAAGAUGAGCUGGACCAGACCUUGGAUGAGUUCAAAGGUCAGUUUGGUGACCGGCCCAGCGAGGGUCGACCCAGACGGACAGACCUCACGGUGCUGGUGGCCCACAAUGAUGACCCCACCGACCAGAUGUUUGUGUUCUUUCCAGAGGAGAUGAAAGUGGGCAUUAAGACCAUUAAGAUGUACUGCCAGCGGAUGCAGGAAGAAAACAUCACUCGGGCCGUUAUCGUCGUCCAGACGGGCAUGACACCCUCUGCUAAACAGUCUUUGGUUGAUAUGGCACCGAAAUACAUCUUGGAACAGUUUCUACAGCAAGAGCUGCUCAUAAACAUCACUGAGCACGAGCUGGUCCCUGAACACAUCGUCAUGACGAGAGAGGAAGUGACAGAGCUGCUGGCCAGAUAUAAGCUCAAGGAGACACAGUUACCCAGAAUUCAGUCCAGUGAUCCUGUGGCACGGUAUUUCGGGCUGAAACGAGGGCAGGUGGUGAAGAUCAUCCGGCCCAGUGAAACGGCGGGACGCUACAUCACAUACAGACUCGUACAGUGAUGCUGCAGGGGUUUUGCUUGGUGUUUGUCGUGUGACAGGGUUUUUCUGUUUGUUUUGUUAUGGAGGAUUCUUGUGAUGGACGACAGCAAUUAUGAAUUGAGAUUUCUUUGAUUUCCAUAAAACUUGAAUCUUGGAUUUUAUUUUUGUAAAAUGAAAAAAUAAAUGCAUUUUUGUUUUGGUUUCAUUGCUGUGUU